AUACAGUCAUUCUGCCUCAGCUGCAAGACUCUACACUUGCUCUUGCUAAAGCUCAUCAGGUUCCUCCCUGCCCAACUCUCCAGGUCUUGUUGAAUGGUAGCACAGCCCUUCAGUGUGCCAGCCCUUCCUGGGGCAAACUUACUGAUGUUAGACUCUAUCCCAUCAUCCAGGGUGUUGAUGAAGAUGCUGAACAAAACCGAACCCAGCACCAACCCCUGGGGAGCACAAAUAGUGUCAGGAUCCCAACCAGACCGCAUUGCUGGUGACAACCCUCUGAAUUAGUAGUUCAUUACUUGCCCAAAAUUAAGAAAAGGAUUUAGAUUAAUCAUCGCUCCCAGAGCCCUGCUUCAUCCCCACCUGUGUUAAAAUCCUUAUCUAUAUGAGAGCUUAAAGUUUAGCAUGUUGCAUACAUUUUUGGUGCUACUCUACUCUUGCAGACACUUGAUGCUGAUGCACAGAAAUGUGUACAGGAGUAACAAGAGCUAUACUGAAAGCUGUACAGCUGUACUACUUAGGGUUGUACACAAGAAGGAAAAAUCCUCUCUCUCUCACAUAUGAAAGCAGCGCUGAGGCUUGGAAGCCCAUGGUCAAAGAUAAAUGCUAGAGCACAGCCAGCAUGUCACUUGAGGACACAGGCUGAAAGACACUCAGACGUGCAGAAGAAGUCAGACGGUAUUUACUACAGAAUUAAAUAAAUACCCUGUCCUAGAACUAUUUCAGUAUCCCUAAAAGCACAUUCAUUACCACACAUACUCAGAUAAACACGGGGUCUCGCUUUGAAAUAAAAACCCAUCAGUUCACAGCUGGAAAUAACAGGACAAACGUCCUUAGUGUUGUUCCUUCCAUAUUUUUAGGGACAGUUUGCAGAAGGGAGGGAACUCCCUGAACGCUUCUCUCUGCCUGAAUCCUCUUUCCCCCUUUGCUAAAUAAAAGUCUUCUGAAAGCCACAACAGCUCCUGUAACUUUAAACCUGGGCUGAGAUCAUAACUUCAGCACUGCCCAAACAGCGCAGAGGGCGGGCCUGGCUCUUCUUUUGAGACCACCUUAGGCAUGCUCCCACCCCUCUGCUAAACAGAAAAAUGCUGACACCACUCAGAUACUUUGCUUUAGCUGUAUAGUUAUCAUCUGUGCAAACCUCUCCCUUUCAGCAACGGCAGCUAAAGGAAUAUUUGGAAUACCAAAGUCGUUUCUGCAGUGAUUUCUUUUCAUGAUCUCAAUUCUUGCUUGACUCUAAAAAUUUAUCAGUCUGAAUCCGUCUGGUCUGAGCACUGGAAAGCUCUUCUCUAAGCGGAAGGAAGAUGUUUAUUAAAGUUCCAUUCUUCAUCUUCAUUCUAGGGAGCGUGCCCCUCGUAGCACUUGCUGAAGAAGCAAGUGCCAUUCUAGAAGGAGAAGAAAGUGCAACAAUCGAUUUCAAAGACAGAAAUGACACAGAGUUUGAGGAGUUACCGACGCUGCUGCCCACAAGACUACAGAGUGUAACAAAUCUCUUGCAGUUUGGAAGACUAAUGACCACAGAAAGUGCAUUUGACGUGCCUGAAGAAAAUGAUAACGCCACGUAUUAUGAAGUUAACACUGAAACCGCUGACGGUGGACUGAAUGGGGAACAGACAGAGAAAACUGAAAAAGGCGGCCUGGAAACAAUUGCACUCGUUGGAAUAAUAGUUGGAAUCAUAGUAGCUGUUGGAAUCCUUGCUGGAAUCAUAAUUGCUGUUGUAAGGAAGAUGUCAGGCCCUGAAAGGAGUUGAAACAAGUAACCAUGCCAUUCCAUGUCAGUACACACAAGUGCUUCUUACUUCAGAAGAACUAAAGACUAUUCCUGUAUCAGUGUGAGAAGAUGAUCCAUGGAAGAUACAGUGGAACAGUUCCACAUCUAUGGGGAUCCCACACAGCUCUCCCAAAGACUUUCCUUUUUCUAAAAACAGACUGCAGAGCAUGGAACAUUUGCUUAGGAUUUUUGCUAAUCCCAGAGGAACAAAAAAAAAAUUAUCCUACAGGAAAAAGCUCCAGUAGCAAUGACAUUUACAUCUGAAAAAUGAUGUGCAGGUAAUGUAUGCUAGCUUCAUUUCAAAUGCUGCUGGCAAAGAUUAUUUCACAUCACAUAGUAUGCAUUUCUUUUUCCAAAAUCUUUUAAGUGUUUUGGCUGGUUAAGUGCUUGUGGCAUGUUCAUCUACUGAAUUAGCAAGGUAGGACAUUUCUUAUCAGAAAGGAGGUAUUGCUUCAGAUAUUGAUACUGAUUUUCUGCUCAAUGCUUACAUUAUCAUGUGGCAAAGUAUAAUAGGUCCAGCUGGAACUGACCUACCAACUAAAAGCUUGUGCAUUUGACUUGCAUCAAGAAUUUCCUGUCUCCUCUUGUUGCAGAGACACAAGGAUUGGAAUACACAUCCUGAAUUCAAGGGUGCUUGGAAAAUACCCAGUUUUGAUGGGUCACUUUAACCAGUUAUUCAGCACGCUUUAGAGCUGAUGUGCAAAGGCUUUUGAAUUCAUGUAUUCACGUUUUUCUUUAUAAGUGUCUUUUUCUAACAGCCUGCUUGAUCACAUGCAUGAAAGACUAAAUCAGAGCAUGUUAGUGACAUGUAGUGCAUCCUUGGACUCUGCAGCUUUCUACUAUGGCACAUUAAGUGCAGCAGUAUCUGAACACGAGGAGUUCAGAGUGAAAGCUUUGUAUGCCAGAUGGCUGCAGUGCAUUGUGUUUUCUAAACUAAAGCAUCAAACGUUUGGUGUAAAAAUCUUCCAUUUCAUAUGGUUGACAUGUAUUAAACAAGUCAAUUUACAUAGA